AUGGCAAGUACGAACAGCACGGUCGUCCGGCCGCCCCCUUCAGGUGCGCCGGUAGCGAAUAGCGAUCCGCGGCGCGUAGUGCUAAAUCAGCCCACGCAGCGCUCGCUCGAGCACCUGCCGGACGGCCAGGAAUACGUCGUGGAGAAGAUGACCAAGGCGGAAGUCGAUGCACCCACCGCCGAGGUUACCACGACGGAAGAGGUACACACGCUCCCCCCGCUCGAGGUCCGCUGCAUGGGCCGGACACGUGUCCCAACCCCGCAUGGCGAAGUCUUCUGCCAUUUGUACCGCAGCAACCGCGACGCCAAGGAACACCUCGCUUUGGUCUUUGAUCCUGCGCAGAACCAUGUCUCUAUCCAAAAGCAGCAGGAAGAAGGCACCAUGGGUAAGCCCCGCCAUCUCCGCAGCCGGACGCUCGACGCGGUGUGGCACGCGAACGAGACACCGAUGGAGCGUCUCAUUCGCGGCGCGUACGUCGACCGCCUGAGCCCGACGUGCCAAGAAGCCUCGCAGCCAAGCGUGGCCGAGAGCGCGGACCUGGACGAGGACCAGGCGGCGUUUGCCAACCCCCUCGUCCGCAUCCACUCGGAGUGUUACACCGGCGAGACGAUCGGCAGCCAGCGCUGCGACUGCGGCGAGCAGCUCGACGAGGCGCUGCGCCGCAUCUCGCUUUCGUCGACAAAAAUGGCCGACGGCCGCACGGUGCCGGCGCGUGGCGUGGUCGUCUACAUGCGCCAGGAAGGCCGUGGCAUUGGGCUGCUGGACAAGCUGUGUGCGUACAAUCUCCAGGAUAUGGGGCAUGAUACCGUGUCUGCCAACGUGAUGCUUGGGCACCUUCCGGAUGCACGCAAGUACGAUAUUUCGAGCGCAAUUCUUCGUGACCUUGGGAUCAAUGCAUGCCGACUUUUGACCAACAACCCCGAAAAAAUGCAGGCGCUCGCUGCCGAAGGCAUCCACGUCUCGGAGCGUGUACCGGUGAUUCCCCGCGUGUGGCAGACGCAAGCACAGGCCCCGAAGCGCGCGCGGCGGCGCCCGCGGCUCCUAGGGUCGAUCGGCACACGGACCAACUCGGUCGUGUCGCUGGACCGCACACGGGCUGCGCCGACGCCUCCGCGCGCAUCUGUGAGCCCGAUGCCCGUGUCGGAGCUGAGCGACGACGACUCGGACUGGGACGACGAGGUGGACGAGCAGAUGCAGCGCAGCCAGGGCGUGACGCUCAUCGGCGGCAGUAUGACGCAGAGCACCGACCUCGAGCGAUACCUACGGACAAAGGUGGAGAAAAUGGGGCAUAUGCUUGUUGUCCCAGACACGGAGCGUGCCACGCCCGAGUCUAGACACGAUUAG